UCUCAGUCUUUCCUUGUAACCUACUUGAAACAUCAGUAGGUUGGAAGCAGCAGCGAGCGAUAGCAGGUGAAACUAUUUGAAACAUCCCAACAAAAGCUAGGCAGGUAGGCAAAAAAACAAAAAAAUAACCGGAAAGUUUUGUUUACUAUUAAAGUCUAUUUGGCAACACUGAGCAAUCCAACAAUUUAGAUAUGGCCACAACGCAAUCGACCAAUUCAGAGGAGGCACCAAUAACACCCAAAAAGAGCUCAAUGCUUCUAGAUCCCAAUGAAUACAACAAAUCUGACAAUGCUGCCAAUUCGCACCAAAGGAAUGACUCAUCAUACUCAAGAAACUUCUCCUUGAUUGACAUGUAUGGAGAAGAAGCCGCCAGUUCCCCCACGGGUCCUGAUUCUAAUGACCAUGGGAGCACAUCGGAUGAACAAUUGGAUUACCAGAUGCUACAAAGCCUUGAUGAGUUCUCAUUUGGUGAGAUCUCUACCGAUCAUAAUGUACUGCAGCAAACAAUUACUCAGAUAAGGGACACGCCUACGCCUCAACCGCCUCAGCAUGAUGAAGAUGAUGAUGAUGAAGAUCGUCUAGAAAUCCGACAACAAUAUGUUAUCCCUACAUCUAUGGGUAACGAGACCAAGAUACUAAAUUCUCCAUUUGACAGAUAUGGUUUUAGGAAAUCUUCUACACAUCAUGGAUUCACAUUGGAAGAGUACAAUGAUUGGUUUAAAGAAUACUCCGAGUACUCAUAUCGUCGCAAGAAGAAAUGGGAACUCCUUAUGAAAAGUCAUGGUUUACCAAUUCAAGAAGAUGAUCCUGUUCCAACAAGAUUUCCACCUAAAUCAGAUAAAGUUAAGAAGAUGAUACGUAAAGGGAUACCUCCAGAAUGGAGAGGUAAUGCUUGGUUUUUCUAUGCUGGUGGAUACGAUAAGUUAAACCGCAAUGCUGGCGUAUACCAUCAGAUUGUGGAAAAUACCAAGAAUAUUCAUAAUAAAGAUACUGAAGUUAUAGAGAGAGAUUUGCAUAGAACAUUCCCGGAUAAUAUUUAUUUUAAUGAAUCAAUUGAUGCUAAUGGAAACACGCUAACUGUUCCACUCCACUCAAAAGAGACGCCGUUAAUUAAAUCACUUCGUCGUGUAUUAAUUGCAUUUGCCCAUUACCAACCUCAAAUAGGUUAUUGUCAAUCAUUGAACUUCCUAGCUGGUCUUUUAUUGUUAUUUAUGGAAGAAGAACGAGCCUUUUGGAUGUUGGUAAUCUUGACCGAACGCAUAAUCCCCAAAGUACAUUCUGCUGAUUUGGAAGGUGUUCACACAGAUCAGGGAGUGUUGAUGUUGUGUGUAAAGGAAUAUAUCCCUCAAUUGUGGUCUAUUUUAGGAACUACUUUUGAAGGUGAAAGGUUAUCAGACGAUCAGAUCUUGUCCAAAUUACCACCAGUUACGUUAGUUACCUCCUCGUGGUUUAUGUCACUCUUUGUCGGGAUUAUGCCAACAGAAACAACGUUGAGAAUUUGGGAUAUACUUUGGUGUGAAGGUUCCAAGACCGUGUUCCGUUUUUCCUUAACAAUAUUGAAAUUAUGUUUAGAUAAUCCUGAAUUUGAUGGUGCCAAACAUUCACCAGGUGGAGAAGCAGAUCAAAUUGAACUCUUUCAAUUUGUUCAAAACUUUCCCAAAAAAAUUCUUGAUUGUAGUAAUUUGGUUGAUUUAUGUUUCAAGAAAAUUGGUGGAUAUGGGUUUGGUUCACUUUCACAAGACGAGAUCAACAAAUGUAGAGAGUUUGUUUCGAAACAAAGAGAAAUGAUGAAUUACAAAAGGAGACUUAGCACGAAGAUGACAAGUGAGGAACGUUACACUUUAAUGAAUUCUUCAGAUGGACAAUUGGAUGGGAAUAAUGAUAUACAUGACGUUUAUGGUUUUCAUAGACCAAUAAUGGGUGGAGUGGUUUGGAAUAGAAGCAUAAGUAACAAGAUGAAAAAGACAUUCGCGAAAAGGAAUUCAAGUAGAUCAAGUACAUAAAAAUACACAGUUAUACACUAUUAGUCUUCAAAUAUGUCCCUGUAAACGGCAUCACUGGUAAUUACAACAUCUUUCAUGGCUUUAACAUCAUGAACUCUUAUAAUGUCGGUAUUUUGUUCAAUACAUGACGUUACAGUAGCACCGGUACUGAAAACCCUUUCAGUUGGAGUUGGUUGUUUGGUGAUAGUUCCCAAGAAUCUCUUUCUUGAAGUUCCUACCAACACAGACAUACCAUUGAAACUCAAAUAUUUGUGUUUAACAACCAAAUCAUCUCUUUCGUUGAUUUGAAUUGAGUAUUUCUUGAAGAAUGAAGCAUGUUUAACCAAGGCAAGAUUCUGUUGAACAUUCUUGGCAAAACCAACACCGGGAUCAACAAUAAUUUGCCACUUUCUAACCCCACGUUCAAAAGCCUUAAACAUUUGAUGAGCCAAUUCACGGGAAACUCCAUUCAAUAAAUUCUUAAUAUUUGGAGGUAAUGAAAGUUCUUGAUGACCUUGGGUUGGAUCAAUGACAUACUCUAUGAUAUCAUCAUUGGUGUUGGACUCGUACUUUGUUAAUUUUGACAUGGUUUCAGGAGUACCUCUAGUAUGGUUCAUAAUAUAAGGACAUCCAUACUUGGCAACCACAUCAAAGAUUUUCUCGUCAUAUUUGCCCAUGGAAAUAUCAUUGAUAAUAUCAGCCCCAGCGAUAAGGCACUCUUCAGCAACUUUUGAUCUAUAAGUGUCAAUGGAAAUUAAAACAUUAGCCAAUUUUUUAUUCUGGCUUGAACGGAUAGCCUUAACAAUAGGAAGAACUCUCUUGACUUCCUCCUCUUCACUUGGUUCUAUGCUUCCUGGACGGGUAGAUACCCCACCAAUGUCAAUGAUGUCAGCUCCAUCCUCAACCAACUUUUCAGCACUUCUGACUACUUCAGCAAGGGAUUUAUCAAAAUUCUUUCCUCCGUCACUGAAUGAAUCAGGAGUCAUGUUUAAAAUCCCCAUGAUUAAAGUAGGAUGCUUAUUGUAUACUUGGUCGAACUUGAGGGGAUUGUUACGAGCCUCGAGCCUUGGAAUAGGUAUGAAUUGAAGCAAUUGCGAUGAUUCCUGUAAUGAUUCGGCAGGAGCAUUAGCAAAAAGUUGUUGUAAAUGAUUAUGGAAUGGUUCGGCACUAAUUGGGUGUAUUUGAUCAGGCGGCAAUAAUUCACAUAAUGGUUGUAAAACAAAUGUUCUCUCCAACAUUGAUUUGUGAGGUACUAUCAAAUCAGGAGUAUUCAACAGAAUAUCAUCAUAAAGGACAAUAUCUAAAUCUAUCUCUCUAGGUCCAUUGUCAAAUUCCUUUACUCUGUUGAUAUGUUUAUAUUCGAUUUCCUUAAGAAUAGCUAACAAUUUGUGAGGUGCUAAAUCUUUGAAUGAUACUUUAACCACACCAUUGUAGAAAUCAGGCUGGUCGAGAUAAUACAUUGGUUUCGAGAUAUACAAAGAUGAUGUUGAUUCAACUUGGAUAUUGUAUUGUUGCAAGAGAGUCAACGCCCUUUGAAUGUUUUCAACUUGAUUCCCUGUAUUUGACCCAAAAGCAAUAAAUGCAAUAUGGUCUCCUUCAUAUGUGGAGGCGGUAACUUCUUCUACUGGCAUAUUAAAAGCUGAACUAGGGGCUUGGGUUAAAACAAGCGGCUGUGCGUCUUUGAAUGUUUUCUGGUUCAUAUAUGAAGAUACACCGACACCUUCAAUGUGACUAAAUGCAUUCGGCUUAGUAACCUUUACAAAUACUGAUUCGAUACCUGCAUCAUAAUUUUGGAAUAUUAAUUGACCAAUAUUGGAUACCAAUGCUUCAACCGUCUUAAAGUUGGAAGAUUCAACAAACACGACAACAUCAUUGAUAAUCUCAUGAAAAAAAAGGUUGGAAUUGUCUUUAAGUU